UCGAGAAUGAAUCAAUUUGAACACUUCCUCUCUUAGGGGAAGGAUCAUCAUACAUCUAUCUGCAUUGUUUGUAUAGCAAGAACUGCAAUGGCAGUUGCAUCAUUUUCUAUCAUCCCUCCUCCUUCACUCGGAUUCACUGGGGAUCGUACCCAUACAAUCUUCCCGAUACUCGCUUCUACUUCGUCGGCCUUCCUGGGAACGAACAAGUAUUCUCUGCAUCUUUCCUCUUCUCAAUUCAGUAAGAAGAUAUCUGUAAAGCGCCAUGGAACUAUGGUUAGGGCCGCAGCAGAUUACUAUUCCACUCUUGGGGUUUCCAGGAGUGCCAGCGGUAAAGAAGUCAAGGCAGCUUACCGAAGGUUGGCUCGCCAGUACCAUCCUGAUGUCAAUAAGGAAUCUGGCGCGACGGAAAAGUUCAAGGAAAUCAGUGCAGCAUAUGAGGUGCUAUCAGAUGACAAAAAGAGGUCAUUAUAUGAUCAAUAUGGUGAGGAGGGUGUAAGAAGUACUGUAGGAGGACAAGCUGGUGCUUAUACGACCAAUCCUUUUGAUCUAUUUGAGACAUUUUUCGGGUCUUCCAUGGGAGGUUUUCAAGGAAUGGACACAGGAUUCAGCACUCGUGGGCGUAGUACUGUUGCUAAAGGUGAAGACAUUCGAUAUGAUGUGACUUUGGAUUUUUCUGCUGUCAUAUUUGGAGCGGAGAAGGAACUUGAAAUUUCACAUCUUGAAGCAUGUGAAGCCUGUUCUGGAACUGGAGCAAAAGCGGGCUCCAAAAUGAGGAUAUGUUCCACUUGUGGUGGCAGGGGUCAAGUUAUGCGAACUGAGCAAACACCAUUUGGCUUGUUUUCACAGGUUUCAGUAUGUCCAAAAUGUAGUGGGAGUGGUGAGUUCAUUUCUCGAAACUGUAAUAAGUGUUCGGGUGAGGGGCGUGUGCGUGUUAAGAAAGACAUAACAGUUAAGAUUCCACCUGGAGUUAACAAGGGAAGUAUUCUCCGGGUGGUUGGAGAAGGUGAUGCUGGACCAAAAGGGGGUCCUCCAGGAGAUCUUUAUGUGUACCUAGAUAUUGAAGAGAUACCAGAGAUAGAAAGAGAUGGCGUAAAUCUACUUUCAACUGUUUCGAUUAGUUAUCUAGAUGCUAUAUUAGGCGGUGUUGUUAAGGUAAAGACAGUAGAAGGAAGCAUUGAUCUUCAUAUUCCUCCUGGUACUCAACCUGGACAUGUGCUUGUAUUGGCGAAAAAAGGUGUGCCAAAGCUAAACAAAUCGACACUACGUGGAGACCACCUUUUCACUGUUAAAGUUACCAUUCCUAAACGGAUUAGUGUGAUGGAGCGGGAAGUACUUGAACAACUCGCCUACUUCAAUGAGAAUCCCAAUGCCCGUACACAAGAGCGUCCUAAAAUUCAGCAAGCUGCUGAAAAGGCCAACACUCAAAACCACAAUGUUUCCAAGAAAACUGAUGAGAAAUCAGGAGAAGAAAAUGGUUUUUUGAAGAAGUUACAAGAAUUAGCUGGGUCUACUGCAAAAUGGUUCAUGGACAAUAUUCUUUAAGAGACUUCAAAACAUCUUGAGAAUAAGAUUUGAUGACAUUGUUUUAUUUAGAUAAUUUGAUAUUGAACUAAUAGACACAAAUAGAAGAAUUAGAAUAUUAUUAAGUAGGAUAAUUGUUAGUAAUUAAAUUAUAAUUUAUUCAUUUCAAUUUUAUUGUUUAAGAUUAGAUUGCAAAUAUUGUUACUAUUGUUAUUCAGAUAUGAUUAUUGGAUUUUGAGUUU